UCAGAGGUGGUUCGUCUGCCAAACUGUAUUAAUAAUACUAUUAUGUGGACUAAAUGAAAUUACAUCAAUGGCCAAGAUCUUUCACCUUACAGAUAACCACCAGGAGACUAAAAGAUUUUAUCAUCUUGGAAUUGCCCAGUGUUUGAUGCAAUAAUAAAAAAACCCAUUUACAAACUAUGGGAAUAAAGAGACCUUAAAAUCUGCAACAAAUGGCAUAGUCGUAGAAACUUUCCACAGCUGGUGGAUAGAGACAACUUCAUGAAGAAAGAGAAAGAGAAAUUUGUCUUCAGAAUCAGAACGUUUGUUUCUUGAAAUUGAAACCAACAAGUAAAAAAAAUCUUUGGAGUUUGUUGCAAGAUGUUUAUAUGUCUGAAAAAAAAACCUUUUGUAAAACAAGAAUUCAUCUGGGAUUAGUUUGAUAGCAGCAAACUAUCAACAUCAGUAUUUGAUGGUGUGGCUGGUGGCUACUUCUAUAAAAGUUUUUCUUGAGAAGCAUUAAAAAAAAAAAAACAUCUUAAGCAAGCAAAACUUACAAUGCAUCAUGAUUUAUUAAGAAGAUGAAAUUGAUACAUUAAAGAACCAGAUUACUCAAUUAACAAUGGUGAAAUUAAAUCUGAAGUGUUGGAUUAAAUGUUUUUUCCCUUUCCUGGUAGUAUUUUUAUUUAUAAUCACAUUCAUGCAUAAGCGCUUGCUUAACCUUGAACAAUUAAAACACCAGGUGUAUUACCUUUAUUGGGUACAUGAUGUUGAUGUGGAUGAGGAAUGGCUGCAGCAGCCUACACAGAUGUGUGAUGGCCAUUUUACGGGAUAUGGCAAUGAGUUUGCUGUUCUGAGAGAUGUAGAGUUUUCCCAGGAUAUGAAAUUCAAAAUGAAAUGUGCUUCCAGAAACAAUCAGAAUUAUCAAUUCACAGAUGGAAUGGGUGCAAAAAAUCAUUUGAACCAGUGGUUUAAAGCUCUGGAAGACAGUUCUGUCACUAAAAGUAAAACUAUUCAGAAAAAGAAAACCAUUUUUGUGUUGAGAUACGAAUAUGCAAAUCUUUACCACCAGAUGACUGACUUUUACAAUGCUUUUCUCAUAGCAAAUCUAUUGAAAAUUCCACCAGAUGACUUGGAUGUGGUGUUGAUGGAUCAAAAUGCACCUUCUGUUCUUGAUAAAACUUGGGAUGUCCUUUUUGGGGAUGUUCAGAAAAUUAAAGAUAUCAAUGAACCAGUUGUUUACAAAGAGAUGAUUUGGGCUGUAAUAGGAUACAACAGUCCAAUGAAUUUUCAUUCACUGUAUUCUUUGCCAUAUGGCGAUGAAUUUUCACAAUUUUUUAAAGCUAGAUACAAUGCUGGGCCCAAAGUGUUAGAUUGCGCAGGUGUUUCAAUACUAUUUGUGUGGCGUAGGAACUAUGUUGCUCAUCCAGGAAAUCCAUCUGGAUCAAUCUCGAGGAAAAUUAAAAAUGAGAAAGAACUAAUUGAUGCAGUACAGGAAGUCUUUCCAGGCCACAAUGUUGCAGGAAUACAACUGGAUGAACAUGAAAUUAAUGACCAAGUGAAAUGGGUGUCACAGACAGACAUUCUUGUGGGUAUGCACGGAGCUGGUAUGAGUCAUAUCAUGGAGUUACCUCACCAUGCAGGAGUUCUAGAACUCUUUCCAACAUAUAAGGCUAAAACUAAUCGACACUUCAGGGCUAUGGCUCGAUGGAGAGGACUGCGUUAUAGGAGCUGGCAGAAUUUAAACCCCAAUAAUGAGUUCAAAGGUCAAUAUACACGUAUACCACCAAUUGUUGUGACACAUCUUCUCCUAAGUCUGUAUACAGAUAUGUGUGGCCCUCUAAAGAUUCCUGCAAAAUCAUGAAAUUAACAUAUCACAUAGUUGAAUUUUAUUUCACCAACUGAGCUUCAUCUCCAUUCUAAAUGUAAAUAUCUUUAUGUAAUAAAGAUGUCUGUAUUAUAUACAUAGCUGAGGUACCUACCAUGUACAAAAUCUACAAGUAAAGUCAUAUAAUGAUGAUUACUUAUAACAAUGCUGUAAAACCAAACAAUUAACUGUCAUGUGUGUUUUUGUUUAGGGAAUGAUUGUCUGUAUAAUAAAGGGUUUUAAUGGUUUGAAGAGGGAAAAGAGUAAAGAAUUAACAACAAGCAGACAAGAACAUUGAAAUAACAUUGACUGAAAGCAAAUUAAAGUUGGCAGAUAUAAAGAGUAGUGUUACACAGGAUGUCAUUUUAUGUCAGUUUUGCUGUAAAUAUUUCAGCUUUAAGAAAAAUUGAUUUUUAUAUACUUUCACAACACUUUGUUUUACAUUUCAUUACAUAGAUUACAUAACUUACAAUUAUUUUGUAUUUUAAUUUCAGUUCUGGUAUAAU